GCAAAAUAUCCCGCGCAUUACAAUAAAGAUGAAAUGUUGUAGCUAUAAGUAUCUCUCAAUCCGUUUUGGAUGAAUCCUACUGAAUACUAAUUCUGACCAUCAUUCAAAAACAAUAAUGACAACCUCAGACCCAAGAAUUGCCAUCCUAGGCGCCGGUCCAGGAGGCCUCACAAUAGCCUCUCUCCUUACAAAACACAACAUCCCAUACACCCUCUUCGACCUCCGGCCCUUACCUACAUCCAGCUCACCAACCUCACCACUCGUCCCCUCCGGCUCUCUCGACCUGCACCCUGACUCUGGCCUCCUAGCCCUCAAACGCUGCGGUCUAUACGACAAAUUCCUAACCCUGACCGGCGAAUGCAGCGAAGACUGCAUCAUCACCGACAAAGCAGGCAACAUCCGCUGGCAAGACAACGGCAACGGCGGCGAACGACCUGAAAUCCCACGGAACAGUCUCACAGACUUACUCCUAUCGUCCAUCCCAGCCCAGAACAUAAAAUGGGAACACAAAGUCCUAUCUCUCACUUCCUCCUCCUCCGCCAAAUGGACGCUGCACUUUUCUCACCAAGGUUCCGAGUUUGACAAGGAAUAUGACCUGGUGAUAGGUGCCGAUGGCGCGUAUUCGAAAACCCGAACAGUUCUCUCGACCACCGUCCCGUAUUAUAGCAGCGUAUCCUGCAUCACGCUUACCAUUCCCCACAUCACCACCACGCAUCCCGAUCUCGAAGCUAUCAUCGGCAAAGGAACCUACUCCGCGUCCGGAGACCAUAAAGCCGUCAUGGCUCAACGCGGCAGCGUCGAUUCCGCGCGCAUAUACCUCAUGCUCCAAUGUGGCGACUCCUCUUCCUGGCUACGAGACGUGGGACUCGAUAGCCUAGGCCCAGAAGAGUUGAAGACGAGAUUACUUACAGAUCCUGCUCUGUUUGAGUCUUGGGGGAAAGCCAGCAAAGAUUUGAUCGCAGCCGGGUGUUCGUCCGGGUUUGAGAUUACGGCGAAUCCGCUUCUGAUGCUGCCUAUUGGCUUCAAGUGGGAGCAUGUUCCAAACAUCACUUUAUUGGGUGAUGCGGCCCAUCUCAUUACGCCGUUUGCUGGAGAGGGGGUUAAUGCUGCUAUGCUUGAUGCCUUGCAACUUGCUGAGGGUAUUAUUGAGUCUUUGAGCGAGGGGAGUGAGAGGAGUAUUGACGAUGCUGUGAAGGGAUAUGAGGAGAAGAUGUUCCCGCGUGCGGAGGAACUGGAGGCUGACACAUGGGGGAAUUUGAAGAUGAUUUUCGCAGAUAAUGCGCCAGAAGGGAUCGUGAAUUUCAUGGCGAGUGCCAUGGGUGGCAUGCCGCCGCCGACUGGUGAGGCGUGAUUUGAAUCCAUCGAGCACUUGGCCAGAUGGAAAUGUUGGUAGACUCGAUAAUCAAGAUUUGACGCUAAAACAGUAAGGAAGGACAUAUGAUAGUAUGGAAAAGAGGAGCAAGCAUAGAUAGAUAUACCCAAAUUACAUAUAGAGCACUAAUUCAAG